AUGCUAGAUUUACGAAGUAGAACUACGGAGUAUGCAAAAGACAAUGAGCUUUUACCUUGCAUUUGUGAUAAUGAUAUGAGGGAAGUCUCACAGGAGGAAGCACUGAAACCCCCCUCGACUGUUGACUCUGGCACUGUAACUUUCUGUAUUUUCGGUGCUGUUAUGAAGCACAUGCACAAGCGGCUGCCAAUUACAGUAUUGGCUGGAGCUGCAGCAUUGGUAUGGCAUCUCCUGUGGAAACUGUGCCUUGAUCGGUGCGUACACUCUCCACGUAGCAUCUGUGCUAGCAUGUUUAAACUUCCAGUCCUGCUCGACAUUGGAAGUGGCAUUCACAAAAAGGUUGGAAAAAUAGGUCACAGGGCACCGAGACUCUUAACAAGAUAG